ACUAGGAAGUGACCUCACUUCUUUGACAAUGCGCCUAACAGAACCUAGAACUCUCAAGGCUGGAUGCCUACAGUUACUGGUAGAGAGACUCAACAACCAGGAGGAUGUUUUCUUGCUGUUUCCCAAAACGCGAAGGCUCAGGCCACAAGAGUUGGUGGAAACAAGGUCUUAUUCGAAGGCUGAAAGGCUCAGGCAGUCGUCAGCCCCAGAGCCUGGAGCACCCCGACCCCAGAACCCCCAACAUGACACAGGAGAGCCCCCAACAGGUCAGAGUCAGCUGGGUGAGCCCAGAACCCUGCCUGCCUCCUUGGUGUGUGGGGCAGUGUGCGUGAGUGGGUGUGAAACCAGGGGACGCCUUUGGCAGCUGAUCCACAUGGGGGCUGAGCUCUUUAGAGCUGGCUAGUGUUUCCAAGCCUGAACACUCCAUUCUCACUGUCACCUCAGGACUCAAAGAAGUCCAGCCCAAAGCUGGAGGAUGCUGGCAAGGUGGGGAGCAUGGAGCCAGACAUGCUGAAGAAGCUGGUGAACAACUUGGUGCCCGCCCAUCUGCGCGGGGACACCUUCUUCGUGCCUGCCUUCCUGGCCAUCUACAGGAGAUUCGCCACCCCGCAGCAGGUGCUAGAUCUGCUGUUCCUCAGGUACCCCUCCUUCCUCCCGGACUCUGAGGAGGACGAGCAGAACAAGAGGGCUCUGAGUUCCAUCCUGGAGACCUGGCUUCUCCAGUACCCAGGAGACUUUUGCCAGUGCCCAGACAUGGCCAGCCUCAAGCAGCUCAUGGACUAUGCCCUACUGAACCUUCCAGAUUCAGACAUCAUCCUGCAAGUGGGCAGACUUAGGCCUAAUUUAGAGUUUGCUAAGAGGGAUCCCUUCCAGAGUGGCUGAUCUCAACCAGGGAUCAGGACAAUUGCAGGACAAUUUAGACCACCUCACCUUGCAGGACUUCAAUGGCAAGUCUCCCUCCCUCCCCUGGAAAUGUUGCCUUUUGUUUUUUUUCCUGGUUUCAUUUAUC